AUGCAUUACUUUGAAAUGACGAGCAGACUUGAUGGGUACCACUUGAUGAUUGUCUCGAAAUACUUUAAUACAAUAAACGACUUUAAAAACAUCGAGUUUGUAUGUAAAAAGUUUGGAAACACAAUGGACAAAUUCCAUUACAACCCGAUUCCAGUAACUCAAGAAACCCUCCACUACUUUACAAACAUCGAAUCCCUUUUUGUUUGGUCGGA